GUUUUUGUACAGGAGAAGCAAACAGGUGAUCAUGAGAAAACUUUAAAGGCACAUAAGGAAGACAAGCCUCAGAAACUGACAGAAAUGAACGGAGUUCCAUCGGUGCCGCAUUCCUACGACUAUGAUCUCAUUGUCAUUGGUGGGGGCUCAGGUGGCCUGGCAGCUGCCAAGGAGGCUGCCAAAUAUGAAAAGAAAGUGAUGGUGCUGGACUUUGUCACGCCUACACCUCUGGGAAACUCAUGGGGUCUUGGAGGAACAUGUGUAAAUGUGGGCUGUAUACCUAAAAAACUGAUGCACCAGGCAGCUUUACUGGGACAAGCCUUGCAAGACUCACGCAACUUUGGAUGGCAGGUUGCAGAAGAAGUCAAGCACAACUGGAUGACUAUGACAGAAUCUGUUCAGAAUUACAUUAGUUCACUGAACUGGGGUUAUCGGGUUGCACUGAGAGACAAGAAAGUCACAUACGAGAAUGCGUAUGGAGAAUUCAUUGGGCCACACACAGUUAAGGCAACAAAUAAAAGAGGAGUUGAGAAGCUGUACACAGCUGAGAGAUUUCUCAUUGCCACUGGUGAACGACCACGCUACCUUGGUAUACCUGGAGACAAGGAAUACUGCAUUAGCAGUGAUGAUCUUUUCUCUCUGCCUUACUGUCCAGGGAAAACCCUGGUGGUUGGAGCUUCCUAUGUUGCCUUGGAAUGUGCAGGAUUUCUUGCAGGUCUUGGAUUAGAUGUCACUGUCAUGGUGAGAUCCAUCCUCUUAAGAGGAUUUGACCAGGAUAUGGCAAACAAAAUUGGUGGAUAUAUGGAAGAACAUGGUAUCAACUUUAUUAGGGAGUUUGUGCCAAUCAAGGUNNNNCAGAUUGAGGAAGGAACUCCUGGAAGAUUGAAAGUUACAGCCAAGUCCACAAAGGGGAAUGAAAUAAUCGAAGGGGAAUACAACACUGUGUUGCUAGCAAUUGGAAGAGAUGCAUGCACAAGAAAAAUUGGCUUGGACAAAGUUGGAGUGAAGAUCAAUGAAAAAACAGGAAAAAUUCCUGUCAACGAUGAGGAGCAAACAAACGUGCCGUAUAUCUAUGCUGUUGGAGAUAUAUUGCAGGACAAGUUGGAGCUCACACCAGUGGCAAUCCAGGCAGGAAGAUUGUUAGUUCAAAGGCUGUAUGCAGGGGCAACCAGAAAGUGUGACUAUGUGAAUGUUCCAACCACUGUAUUCACUCCUUUGGAGUAUGGAGCCUGUGGAUAUUCAGAAGAGGCUGCAGUGGAGAAGUUUGGAGAGGAAAACAUUGAGGUGUACCAUAGUCAUUUCUGGCCACUGGAAUGGACUGUGCCAUCCAGAGACAACAACAAAUGCUAUGCAAAGAUAAUUUGCAAUAUUCCAGAUAACGAGAGAGUCAUUGGUUUCCAUGUCCUUGGUCCAAAUGCUGGAGAAGUCACUCAAGGGUUUGCAGCUGCUAUUAAAUGUGGGAUGACAAAAGAACAGCUGGACAGCACCAUAGGAAUUCAUCCUGUCUGUGCAGAGGUCUUCACCACUCUGUCUGUGACUAAGAGGUCUGGUGAAAGUAUCCUUGCGUCAGGAUGCUGAGGUUAAAGACCCCCAUUCUUGUUGUUGCCAGAGACUGACUUC